AUGGAUGCCAGCUCGCCAGUGAGCACUCGCAAGGCAGAGUUACCCCUGCACAUUCUCAUUGUAGGCUGCGGCAUUGGAGGUCUCACCGCUGCACACUGUCUCGGGCUGGUCGGACACCGGAUAACCAUUCUCGAGGCAGCAGAGGCAUUAGGGGAAGUCGGCGCAGGCAUCCAGGUAUCGCCCAACGUCACUCGCCUGCUCACCCGCUGGGGUCUCGGCCAGGCACUUGCAGAAAUUGCAGUGAAGCCCGAAGCAAUCGUCUUUCGCAGGUACUGCACGGGAGAGAGGGUAGGGUACUCGAAGUGGGCAGAGAAGAUGGAGAUAUUCGGCGCUCCGUAUUACCACAUCCACCGCGCUGACUUCCACAAGUUGUUGUUCGACCUCGCCGCGCCGUACAUGACACUGCGCCUCAAGUCCACGGUAGUUGCUGUUGACCCGGAUGAGCCCUCGGUCACGCUCGCGUCCGGGGAGGUAGUACGUGGGGACCUCAUCGUAGGCGCAGACGGUGUGAAGAGCUUCAUCCAACGCGUCGUGCUCGGACAUGUGAACCCCGCGCAGGCGACCGGUGAUGCGGUAUACCGCGCGCUAAUCCCGACGGCACUCAUGAUCACGGAUCCGGAUCUGAAGCCGCUCGUAGACACGCCAGAGAUGACGGGUUGGAUGGGCCCACGGCGACACAUCAUGGGCUACAAUGUGCGCGCGAAGAAGGCUUACAACCUCGUCAUGGCACAUCCGGAUGACGGUUCCGUCGAGUCGUGGACAGCGGAGGGCAGUGCAGAGAAGAUGCGCGCGGACUUCGCUGACUUCGAGCCCCGAAUCCAGAAGAUGAUGGCCCUGGUCAAUUCGACGCUGAAGUGGAGGCUGAUGGACCGCCAGCCACUGAAGACUUGGAUCCACAAGUCUGCGCGCGUUAUUCUCCUCGGCGACGCGUGCCACCCGAUGCUCCCCUAUCGUGCGCAAGGGGCUGCGAUGGCCAUCGAGGAUGCAGCAGUACUCGGGAAACUGCUGUCUCACCUAUCAUCCGUGGUGCAGCUCACGCCUCUACUUCACGCGUACGAAGCCCUGCGGCUGCCACGCACAGCAGCGACGCAAGCAUCCUCUCGGCUGAACCAGACGAUCUUCCAUCUACCCGACGGACCCGAGCAACGGGCACGCGACGCGGCGAUGCACACGGCCAUGGAGGCUGAGCUUGCAGGGUCGACUACGGAUAAAGGCGACGGGAAUCCGAACCAGUGGGCAGACCAGAAUAAAAACGAGGCACAGUUCGGGUAUGAUGCGGAAGAGGUUGCGGAGCGGUGGUGGCGAGAGGUGGGGGAAAGGGGUAUAGGCGCACUUGAGGUGCAAAGCAGGCUGUAA